CUUUUUAUUGCGCUUGAAGAGUCGGCUGCGUUACCUCAUUCGGUCAGCCGCCGCACCGCAUUUUCCAGAUCUUAUCCGUCGCCACUGAUGAUUUGCCCGCCGAAAUUUUGGGACUUUUUGCCUGUACAGAUUCGACGUAGCCAGACAGGGCGGUUUGGACGAGAACCUGCAGUAUUUGCAGCCGCAGUUCCAAGAUGGUGAAGUCAUUCUCCAAAUCCAAGCGUACGCCUGUGCGGCUCAGGCACAAAAUCGAAAAGGCGAGUGCCGCGAAACAGAGGAAACAGCGCAAGGAAGCCAAAAAGAGUCCUCAAUGGAAGUCACGGCUGAAGAAAGAUCCUGGCAUCCCUAACCUGUUCCCUUUCAAAGAAAAACUCCUCGAAGAAAUUGAAGAAAAGAAGAGACAAAAGGCAGAAAACGCACAGAGAUUACGAGACGCUGCCAAAGACAAGAAGAAGGGGACCCAAGAAGACACGGCUGCAGAGGAUGACGACAUGGACGAAGACGACCUCAUGGAAGAGGAAGACGACCUGCAAGACGAGGACAUGGACGACGACGGCGACGCAGUCAACGACAAUGCAAACCCUUUGGCUGCCCUAGUUGCAUCUGCUCAAGCACGAGCCGCCGAGUAUGAUGGGGGAGCGCUCGCAGGGGACCUUGCGGACGACGAUGGAGAUGUCGAGACUGGCGGUGUCCGAUUGCCGGAGACGACGGCUGCAGAUCACAGAAACCCCGACUCUUCGCGGAGAGCGUUUGAUAAAAUUUUCAAGCAAGUCCUGGACGCUGCAGAUGUGGUACUCUACGUUUUGGACGCUCGAGACCCGGAAAGUACGCGAUCACGGGAAGUCGAGCGACAAAUAAUGUCGGCUGAAGGCGGAUCGAAACGCCUAAUUCUCGUGCUCAACAAGAUUGACCUGGUACCUCCGGUGGUGCUGAAGGGUUGGUUAACGCAUCUCCGACGAUAUUUCCCUACGAUUCCUCUCCGAGCAUCGACUCCUGCGUCCAACGCUCAAACCUUUGAUCACAAGCAACUUACACUCAAGGCCACCUCCGAGUCUUUGCUGCGUUCGUUGAAGACGUAUGCAGCUUCGAAACAACUCAAGAGAUCCAUCUCGGUCGGCGUGAUAGGAUACCCUAAUGUGGGCAAGUCUUCGGUCAUCAAUGCUCUGACGUCGCGGCUAAACAAAGGCUCACAAAGUUUCGCCUGUCCUGUGGGCUCCGAAGCUGGCGUGACUACCAGCCUUCGAGAGGUCAAGAUUGAUAGCAAGCUGAAGAUUUUGGAUUCGCCAGGUAUAGUCUUCCCCUCGACAGUGGAGGGCGAGGACAAGGAGGGCAGACAGCGGAGAAAAGCCGAGCAUGAAGCCAGAUUGGUCCUGCUUAAUGCUCUUCCGCCGAGCCAGAUCACCGAUCCCAUUCCAGCGGUCAGUCUUCUGCUUGAGAGACUAUCCACUUCGGAGGCGCUGUUUGAGAAGUUAUUGUCACACUAUGGCGUUGUCGCGCUAGGUCCGUUCGGCCAGGGAGAUAGGACGACUGAUUUCCUGGUUCAAGUGGCGCGGAAGAGAGGUCGACUUGGCCGAGGUGGUGUGCCUAAUCUGAAUGCGGCCGCGAUGACCGUCAUUACAGACUGGAGAGAUGGAAGGAUACAAGGCUGGGUGGAGGCGCCGGUACUCAAGGUCGCUGACGAUAUGCAGAUGGUUGACACUGAAGAGGACAAAGCUUUGCCUACUGGUGUAGAUAGGAAAGAGAUCGUCAAGGAAUGGGCUGCAGAAUUCAAGAUUGAAGGGCUCUGGGGUGAUGACAAAGCCGAUCCAGCUGGGAAUGAUGCUAUGCAGAUAGAGUCAUGAAUCAAGUCAGGGGUGCAUGGCGUUUGGUUUCUAGGCCAGGGACAAAACUUUGUUUAGGAGAGCGUCGUCGGACAAUCAGUUUCGCACCGCUACAUACCUAGAUCUGGCGAAUGUGGCAGAGGGCAUAAAGAAGUUGCAAAGAAGUAUGUAGUCAUUGAG